CAUCUACCCUCUCCUAUCCCCCCUCCUAUCCCCCCUCCGUCUUCAAUAUCCACUUCCUCUCUUUCGAUUUCUAGGGUUUUCUCUUUCUCCUUUUUCCCGCCAUCGUCGAUGGCGACCGAAGCCCUAACUCCCGCCAACCAAAUACAAAAGACCUUCAACGACCUCGAGGCCGAGAAAACCCUAAUCGACAGCUGUACAUUCCAAUGGAAAACCAUCUCCGAUCACUUCGCCUCCCUCUCCAGAACCCUAGCCGAACGCUUCCGAGCCCUCGACUCCAAGAUCCAGUCCUUGAACUCCCAAACCAAGGAAACCAUGGCCUCUCUCAACCUCCGUGAGGCCGCAAUCCCUGAUCGCGAAUCUGCCGCCGCCGCCUUGAUCGAAUCCAAGAAGGAAUCCGCCAUUAAAGAGAUGGAGAAUGCAGAAUCCAAGACCCCGUCGACAAAAGGCGAGUUCUUGCGGUUGUACUGCAGGAGGAUGGACUCGAGCAAUCUGUGGAAGUUCAUGAUUGCUCAUCGGAAGGAUCUUUCUGUGCUGAGGAGGGAGAUUAAUGAAGCCAUUAUGGAGUCGGUGGAUGCUUGUAGAUUGGUUAUUGAUGCUGUUGAUGAUUUCUUGAAUCAGGGAGAGAGUGUUGAGAGUGGAGGAGAUCGGUGUUGGGCGAUUGGGAUGUUGCUUAGGGCUUUGUUUGAUUCGGAGGGGAGGAAAGGACCAGAGGUCUCAGAGAAGAUUAGGGAGAGGGCGGCAGAGGUGGCGGUUGAGUGGAGGAAGAAAAUUGGUGGGAAAGAGGAGGGAGGAGAGAUGGGUGCAGCUGAGGCGCAGAUAUUUCUUCAGAUGGUGGUGGCGUUUGGUUUGAGCUCAAGGUUUGAGGAGGAGGAGCUGAGGAAGUUGGUGCUGGAGCAUGCUUCGAGGAAGGAGAUGGCGAAGCUUGCUGCAGGACUGGGACUCGGGGAGAAAAUGGCGGAUAUUAUUGAUGAGUUGAUAAAAACUGGGAAGGAGCUUGAGGCAGUAAGUUUUACUAGUGAAUCUGGUUUAAUUGAAAAGUUUUCUCCGACUCCUCUCCUCAAGAACUAUCUCCACAAUUCAAGGAAGAAAGCGAGUGAUAUAGCAAAAAAUGGAAAGAACUCAGCUGCUGCCUUGGAAGAAGCAACCAACAUGGAGCUAAACUCCAUCCGAUCAAUCAUUAAAACAGUCGAAUACUACAAACUCGAGUCCAAAUUCAACAUAGAAGGCCUAAAGAAACGCAUAACAAGCAUAGAAAAAUCCAAGUCUGACAGAAAGAAAACUGCAGCGGUCACGAAGUCCAAUGGUGUCUAUAUGCAAUUAAACCCCCAUAUGACAUCUGUUGAGUAUGCACUUCCAGUUAAACGUGAUGUGUUUGAGAACAGGAUUGUACAUAACUUCCAUUUCAUCUACCAGCAUAAAGGCGUCCAUUAUAUUUUUUACGACGCUUCCUUGUUUAUCCGCGGUCGCCAAACCCCCAGCCCCCGAAAUUUUCCCCACUCGUACAAGGAGGGAAAAUUCCCCCUUUUAUUUUCACGAAGAGCCAAAACCCCUACCCCCGUUCUCUCUCUCAUCAGAAAAUCGCCCCCAUACAGUCCUCCUCUCUCAGACAGUCCUCCUCCUCCUCCUCCAUCGCCGGCGGCCGAUUCCUCCACCGAUCUCCGACCACUCUCUCCGCCGUUUGCGCCGCUAGUUCUCGUCGCCGGGGAUGGAUUUCUACGGCCGCAUCGACCUCCGUUCCUCCGGGUCAAGGGCGAUUUUUGGCAUGGCACCUUGGGGGAAGCAAAUAUAAUAUUCUCUAGUCGACAUCCAAAGGGAGAAAUUACAACUAUAGUAGAAGGAAAGGAGAAAUCUGUUGCUGAAACUCCAUCAGAGUCUGAAUUGGAGCAUGAACUAAGAUCCUUGGUCUCAAAUGGGCACAGUAUUUCCAUGUUCUUCGGUCGCUGCAUCCUCCAUCUCAGACAUCCAAGCUCGCUGCUGGUGAAGGUCAAACUGAUGCUAAUUGCGCUUCUAUCUGAAUCUGAACUUAAGAGUAUCUGAUGCCACAAUUGAGCUAAUCUUAGAUAAGACAUUCGAGGAUGCUGAUGCGAACCAGGACGGCAAGAUAAAGAGGAUAAUGAAAGGCGUGUGCUAUAAAAGGCAAG